AAAAAGUCUGCACUUCCCCUAUCAAUGAUGGGAAGAACUGCAUUCACGGGGGGCAGGUGGUGCUAUAGUGAUUAAAAAGUUAAAGAAAAACUGGGGAAAAAAGAUUUGUUUUCUAGUUUGCUGUUCGGCAGGUAACUAUCCAAGCUAGGAUAGAUCAAGAUACAGAAGACACUACAGAAAGGCCAUAAUGACUAAAAGGGUGGCUAUAAUUGGAGCUGGGUGCAGUGGACUAACAGCCAUCAAAUGCUGUCUAGAAGAGGGCCUGGAGCCUGUAUGUUUUGAAAAGAGCAGUGACAUUGGAGGACUCUGGAGGUUCACAGAAUCAGUGGAGGACUGGAGAGCCAGUAUAUAUAAGUCUGUGGUCACCAAUACAUCCAAGGAGAUGAUGUGCUAUACAGACUUUCCCAUGCCUGAAGACUUUCCAGCAUAUCUGCAUAACUCCAAGGUGUUGGAAUACCUAAGGCUGUAUGCAAAACACUUUGACCUAAUGAAAUAUAUUCAGUUUCAGACUGAAGUUUGCAGUGUGACAAAAUGUUCAGAUUUCCCCUCAACAGGUCAAUGGGACAUUGCUACACUGACCAAUGGAAUUCAAAGAAAUAGUAUUUUUGAUACUGUUCUGAUCUGUAAUGGUCACCAUACCAAGCAUUAUUUACCUCUAGACUCUUUCCCAGGUAUUGAAAAUUUUAAAGGUCAUUAUGUCCACAGCCGUUUCUAUAAGGAUUCUGCAAACUAUAAAGGAAAGACUGUUUUAGUGGUGGGAAUUGGUAACUCAGCUGGGGAUAUAGCGGUGGAUAUAAGCAACACAGCUAAGCAGGUUUAUCUCAGUACUAGAGGAGGUUCAUGGGUGCUCAGUCGCAUUUCCAAGGGGGGAUGUCCUAUUGAUAUGAUGCUCUCCACCAGAUUUUUGACUUGGAUCAGAAACUUAUUACCAGCUAGUUUCUCAGCCAGACUAAAUGAAAACUUGAUGAACACUUGGUUUGACCAUGCAAACUAUGGCUUGGAACCUUUAGACAGAGCACAGUUAAAAGAGCCUAUGGUAAAUGAUUACCUUCCCAGCUGUAUCUUGUGUGGAGCUAUUAAAGUAAAACCCCAAAUUAAGACAUUUACUGAAUCCUCAGUCAUAUUUGAAGAUGAUACAGUGGUUGAAAACUUGGAUGAGGUUAUUUUUGCUACAGGGUAUGUACCCUCCUUCCCCUUUCUCAAAGACCCAGAGGUCAUAGAUGACAUAAAUGCCCUUCUAUAUAAACAAGUCUUCCCUACUCGGAUAGAAAAACCAACUUUAGCCGUUUUGGGACUUGUCAAGCCACUAGGAGCCAUCUUGACUGCUGCAGAACUUCAAGCUCGCUGGGCCACUAGAAUAUUUAAAGGUGUAGCUCAUCUGCCAACAGCAGCCAGAAUGGAGGAUUAUAUUAAGAAGAGUAUGGAGUUCAAAACAAAGGUGUUUGCUGCGACCCCCAAUCAGAAACUGCAGACAUACUUUAUAGACUAUAUGGAUGACGUUGCUGUGGAGAUUGGUGUCCGUCCCAACAUCAUGCAUCUUUUACUUAAAGACCCUCGCCUUGCAUGGACAGUCUUCUUUGGCCCUUCUACACCUUACCAGUAUCGCUUAAGUGGGCCGGGAAAGUGGUUUGGUGCCAAGAAAGCCAUCUUAACCCAAUGGGAGCGCACGCUGAACCCAGCUAGGACUCGUCUUGUAAACAAAUCUUCAGGAACUUGGCUAAACUUUAAAACUCUCUUAAGUCUUUGUGUUUUGCUGGCAGCCAUUUUAUUAGGAUUGUACUGCAUAAAUGGAAAAUCUUGGUCAUGAAAUUGAUGGGUGUUUAUAAUGCAUUGAGCGAUAUGGAAUCAUAGCUACCCUUAACAAAUGAAUUAUUUCCUGAGUCCUGGUAAUUAUGCAGAAAUCAAGAGAGUGUAAUAUUUUUGUACUGUUUGCGCUUUUAGUUAUUGAUUCAUAGCCCAAAAUAUAACUGUGCAAAUGAGUGUGAUUCCAUCUGUCUUUAGCAUAGAGGAAAUAUUUUUAUUAUAAACUGGGGUGCAAUGUGCAUGUGAUCAUAUGUUGACAGCACAACCCGGGCCAAAGCCAAUAUUAAUCCUUCCCUGUAGGGAAGUCCAAUUUACUGCUUUCAGAAUAUGCCAUUAAAAUAACCUUUUAUUUA